GAAAGUUCUAUCUCGAAACAACUCGUUGGCUGUUUCAGCAUGUAAGACCACAAGCCCGCCCAUGCGCCCUGAAAAAUGCCCCGCCCCCUCAUCCGCAAUGAGGGCCCGAGAACGCCGGGUACCUGAGCCCCUCCAUGCAUCUGCAUACCCCGAAAGACCGACGACACGCUAACUUUCGAGCUCUCUACCAUCAAAAGCAUCUCUGAAAUAUUGUACAAAAUCCAAAUAUUUAUUGCGUUCUGAAGACGGCAAAAUGACUACGACUAACGCCAUCAAAGACCUGCUUGAGGUGACAAAAGACGAUGAGAAUGGACUCGUGUUCGAGAAGAAUGUUUCUAUUCCCCGCGCUGGAACUUUCCCCAUCAGAUGCAAUGUAUAUCGACCCAUUGCCGCCGAAGGUACAAAGUUCCCAGUAUUGGUGACAUACGGCCCAUAUGGAAAAGAUAUCCCCUACGAGAAAUUCCACGAGAAGUCAUUCAGUGAAGUGAACCCAGAACACAAGUCGAAAUACAGCGCCUGGGAAACUCCAGAUCCGGUCUUCUGGACAAAACAUGGAUAUGUGGUAGUGAGAGCAGAUGAGAGGGGUCUGGGACAAUCGCCUGGUGUGCUUGAUACCAUGUCAAAGGGCACAAGCGAAUGUUUCUUUGAUGUGGUGGAAUGGGCUGCUGAUCAACCUUGGUCAUCUGGGAAAGUUGGGCUUUUGGGAAUCAGUUAUUAUGCUGGAAGUCAAUGGCGUGUUGCAGCUCGUCGACCCAAGGGCCUUGCAGCUAUCAUCCCGUGGGAAGGCAUGUCAGAUUACUAUCGUGACCGUUGUCGCCACGGGGGUAUUCUUUCCGACUCGUUCAUUCGAUUUUGGUGGAAUAGACAGGUGAUCACGAAUCAAUAUGGCAAGCCAGGCCGAGCAGCAGCCAAUUGGGGCGAAGACACCCUUGAAGGAGAUCUCUCUGAUGAAGUUCUUGCUUCGAAUCGAAGAGAUCAGAAUGACGAUAAUGCUGCGAAUAAGUUCAGAGACGAUGCGUAUUAUUCAUCCAAAGAUUUCAAAUUGGAGGAUAUUGAGGUUCCACUUCUCAGUGUGGCGAACUGGGGUGGCAUUCUCCUCCAUCUUCGCGGAAAUGUUGAGGGCUUUACUUGGGCUGGAUCGAAGUUUAAGUACAUCCGAUUCAUUGUUGGUCGUCACGAUCUCCCAUUCUACUACCACGAUGAGGUGGAAGUUCAAAUGUCAUUCCUGGACGCUUUCUUGAAAGACAAAGAUACCGUGGGAUGGGCUACCCCUGGCAAAGUCCCACCAGUCUCGAUGGUUCUCAGGAAAGGAAACGUUGGCUUCAACAACCCCGAGUUUGAAGCGACAUAUAAACGAAGAGAAGAGCCAGCAUGGCCGAUACCUCGAACCAAGUACACGAACUAUCACUUGCAUUCGGACGGCACCCUUUCCACGACUCCAGACAGCAGCAAAUCGCCAUCAACGAAAUCCUACAAAGCACUCGGCACUCUCGAUCAUCCUGAGCUCAUCCAGUUCACAACGCCUCCAUUCGAGCAAGAAACCGAAAUCACAGGUCACAUUGUAGCGCAUCUGAACGUCUCGAUGACACCCGAAGAUCAAUCCUCCAAAUCGCCAAAGGACAUCGACCUCUUCCUCACCCUGCGCUACCUCGCUCCUUCAGGCGAAGAAGUCCACUACACCGGCACAGCAGGCGAUCCCAUCCCGCUCUGCAAAGGCUGGCUGCGGGUCAGCAUGCGCAAGAUCGAUGAACAGAGCGCAAAACAUCGUCCCUACCUCCCGCAACGCAACUACCUCUCGACCGAUGUGCAGGAAGUAAAGCCAGGAGAAGUCUAUGGCGUGGAUGUUGAGAUCUGGCCUACGAAUGUAGUUGCGGAGAAGGGAGGCAGGAUUGUGUUUGAGAUCUCGUCCGGGGAUACGCAGGGAAGUGGCGUUUUUCAGCAUAAGAGUGAGAAGGAUAGGACGGGGGAGUUGUUGGCGGGGACGAAUUAUGUGCAUUUUGGGGAGGGGUUGGAGAAUUAUGUUGCGUUGCCGGUUAUUCCUCAGGCAUAGAUUGGCUGUUCGAUGAACAUAACUCAAUAUUCUGCAGCUGCUCAUACCGAAAAGUCAUAAUCACAGAG